AUGGCUGGGAAAGGUUUUUUCAGUAACUUCAAGAAAAGAAAUCCAGAUUCAGCUCUGAGAACGCCCGAGCCGACAAGCUUGAGCCGAGCGACUGGUUUUUAUAAGGCACAAGUCAAUCGAUUUUAUGACCUUCUUCUAAAACUUCAAGAACAGUUCAGUUUUCAAGCUUCACAAGUGUACAAUGCUGAUGAAACAGGAGUCACCACCGUCCACAAAAAUGACAAGGUAUUGUCAGUAAAAGGGAAAAAACAAGUUGGGAAGCUCACGUCAGCAGAACGAAGUCGUAAUAUUACCACCGUGUUUGCUAUGAAUGCAGUGGGUCACUUUGUACCGCCCAUGUUCAUUUUCCCAAGGGCAAAAAUGGAGAAAAAUGGUCGUCUGAUGGUUGGUGCUCCUCCAGAAAGUAUUGGCGUCGCGGCUAAAAGUGGCUGGAUGAAUGGAGAGCUGUUUCUUCAGUGGCUUCAACAUUUCCAGCGACAUGUUCAUUCUUCUGAAGCUCAUCCGAUUCUCUUGAUCUUGGGUGGACAUUCUAGCCACAAAGAGUUGAGUGUUAUUGAAUAUGCUCGAGAUCACCAUAUUCACAUGCUACGCACUGCUCAACACACAACACAUCGACUGCAGCUCCUCGACUGUGCAUUUUUUAAGCCUUUCAAACAGGCUUAUGGAUCGGCAGGUGCAACGUGGAUGCGUCGAAAUCCUGAAGCUUGA